AUGGGCGCACAGAUGCCCUACCAGAGGCCUCGUUAUCGAGAUUGUGAACCGUUCUCAAAGAGGUCGGAAAGAGCGAUCGCGUCUGACACCGAUGUGCGAAUCGCAACAACCAAUUCCACGGCCUCUACCGAACAUCGUCGCCGUAGCCGGAGUCCCGUGAGAGACCGCCUCGAGCGAGAGGGCCACCCGACCAAGACUCCUAGCUCGGAGCGCAAACAUGAAUCGACCGAACUCGAGCUACCAAAACCGACCACAAUGGACAAUGCAGACCUCAUCGCAGACACUGCCACCGAGAAGAUCGAUCACGACCAGACUAGACGCUCACUCUCCGCCUCAGCGCCCUCUAGCCAAGCCGCAGCCUUCACGAGGCGUUCAAGCGCCACUCCCAUUGAAGCGCAGAACCAUAUUGAGUCCAUCAGCCAAGAAGCUCCUGACACUUCACGUCAAGCCUCGGUCGCAUCAUCUACUGCCACCGCUCAAGCUCACAAUGGCCACCAGUCAGACGACCGCGGGAGCCUCGUUGGCUCACGCCCACUUCCUAUCGAACCAUCUUUUGCCGAUCCUGUGGCUCAGAGCAACGACUUGACUAGUCGAGAAGCACCUUCCACCCCACAACCACCUGUAGCCGAAGCCCUCAAAAGCGCUGCAGCCUACAAUCACCUAAAACCUCCUCAACCCCAUCAAGACCAAGACUCUGCCCCUGCUCCUGCCUCACCCGGCGGCAACGAUCUUGCCUUAUAUCCAGCCCGCCCUCCCGCAGCCACAGCCGAGACCUCGACAGUCGAACACCAACGUCAACAGCAGCAGCGCGAAUACAUCAAUCAAGUCGCUCGCAUGAUCGCCACCAAGAAUCUCUCGAGUGGACAGCUCGAAAUGAUACACUACCGAAGACAAACAUGCGAGGACUUCAAGCGGAUGCUCGACGAGGCGGUGGCUGAGAUGGAACAUGAUUCACAGGUCCUGACGGAGCGUGAUGUGAUGAUGCGCUGGCGGUGGCAGUGUGAGCGGCAGCGGCAUGAGCAGGUGUGGGAAAUGUGGAACGCGGAAAAGGCGGAGGAGGCGGCGGAGCGGGCGAGGAGGAUGGGGCGGAGGGGAUGA